GCUUUCUUAAUUUAUUUUUUUUAUAAUAUUUCAUAAUUAUAGAUAAUAAAUAUUACUAGAAAACAUAACCUAAAUAUACAGCACUUUUAAUAUGAAUAAGAAAAAGUAAGUAAAAACUAGUGAUCCCGUUAUCAAGCAAUGGAGUAUUAUCUGUGCAGUGAAGUGGAAUGGAAUCAGUAACUUUCUAUGGCUGUGCUUCGAUCCACUUCUCCCAAUAUAAUAUUUAGGUACAUCUUGCAUUAACAAUUCAGAAAUGGCAUUCCGCGUUGAGUCCGAGAAAGAUUAUGGAUUUUUACUAAAAAGUUUAAUUGCCGGCGUAAUGAGCAUUUCACAGGGGUAGCUGGAAUGUGUUCAAAAACAACAGUAGCUCCACUAGAUAGGAUAAAAAUAUUAUUGCAAGCACAUAAUAAACAUUAUAAACAUUUAGGUGUCCUUUCCGGAUUGAAAGAAAUAAUUCAACGUGAACGAUUUAUUGCUCUUUACAAAGGAAAUUGUGCUCAAAUGAUUAGAAUAUUUCCAUAUGCAGCAACACAAUUUACUACAUUUGAAUUAUAUAAAAAGUAUUUAGGUGACUUAUUUGGAACGCAUACUCAUACAGAUAAGUUUCUGGCUGGAUCUGCUGCUGGUGUUACUGCAGUUACAUUAACAUAUCCACUUGAUGUCAUUAGAGCCAGACUUGCUUUUCAAGUUGCCGGAGAACAUAUUUAUGUAGGGAUUGUACAUGCGGGUAUCACAAUUUUCAAAAAAGAAGGUGGUAUUCGUGCAUUGUACAGAGGGUUUUGGCCAACUAUUAUUGGCAUGAUUCCUUAUGCAGGAUUUUCAUUUUAUUCAUUUGAAAAACUUAAAUAUUUAUGCAUGAAACAUGCACCAAAUUAUUUUUGUGAAAAAUAUGACAGAAAUACUGGUGGUUUAGUUUUAACGAUACCAGCAAGAUUAUUGUGUGGAGGUAUUGCCGGUGCUGUUGCUCAAAGUUUUUCUUAUCCAUUAGAUGUUACUAGAAGACGGAUGCAACUAGGUAUGAUGGAUCAUAAUACUCACAAAUGCAAUUCUAGCAUGUCACAGACUAUAAAAACGAUAUAUGAAGAAAAUGGUAUUGCAAAAGGUCUGUAUCGUGGAAUGAGUAUUAAUUAUCUACGAGCUAUUCCUAUGGUAUCAGUUAGUUUUACAACAUACGAGAUCAUGAAACAAAUAUUACAUUUAGACACUGGAAUAAAAUUCUAAUUUAUUUAAUCAGAACACGUAUUUGUAAUGUCUCAGUUCUUAUAUUUCUAUUAGUGGUAAAACGCAAUUGAUAUUAAUAUUUUUCUACAAUUACUGGGACAAAAAUAUUGUUUGAUUUUUACUUUGCAACAUAGAGGUGAUUCUUUCAAUCUAAUUUAUUAUCUAUAUGCGAUAAAUUUAUGUAAGUAUGAUAUGCCACGAAUAUGUGAAAUAUAUGGAAAAUAUUUGCGAAGUAUACAUAGAAUAAAUAUUUAGGGUGGACCAACUAACGUGACCACCUGAAAUAUUUCACUUGUUUUUAGUGAUAUAAAAAAUGUUCCAGGUACAAGUUAGAUGGUUUCGAAGGGGACAUAAUUAGAUAUGAUUAGCUUUACGUAAGUGACCGCGUAGAAGACAUACGAAGGUCACUUUCUUUUUCUAACGAAAUCAUAUACUUUUCUAUUAUAUUAGCCGACUUAGCUAAACAUUUUAUACAAAAAAUUAUUAAUCUAUAAAGUAUUAAUAAAGUAUUAACCUAUUUAUACCGACAAAAAUAUUAGUUUAGCAGAUAUUCUAACUUCAAGCUUGAUUCAAAUUAGCGAUCGCAAUGAGAUCAGAUCAUGCCAGGUCUUAUCUUUCGUACGUUAAAUUUGACAAAUUAAAGUUAUAAUAUUUCUUAAACCAAUGGUUUUUCAGUGCACAUAAAUCGGUUAAUACUUUCUUGUAGAGAAUGCCCAUAUGAACCAGCUAAUGCUAUAAAAAAUAUAUCAUUCCAUUUAAAAAAAUAUCAGUGACCUUCAUAUGUUCCUUGUGUUCGCCUACGGAAAAGCCAAUGUCAGAUUAUGUCUUCUCGAAACUAUUCAAGUUGUACUUGAAACAUCUGUCAGCAUUAUCAAAAACAGGCGAUUUCCAGAUGAUCACGUCAGGUGAUUCACCCUGUAGAAACACGCACACGCAUAUAUAUACGCAGUGGUUGAUUACAAUUACAUUGAGUACAAUUGAUAUUAAUCUUUGAUAUCACAGUGAUAACUACUGCUGAUACAAAACUGAUACUAAUUCCCCUAAUGGCGUGGUGAUAAUAUCAAAGUGUCAUCGUUUUCUGAUACUAUGAUGAUGAGCAGUUGGUUAUAACAAGGAUACAUUAUAUGUGAAAAACUAUUUUUUUAUCUAUAUGUAAUUAUUAUUUUCAUAUUCGUUUCGCAAAUGACUGUUU